AUGAAGAACAUCAAAUUAGAUAUAUUUAAUUUGCAUUCAAUUCAUUCAAAACACUUCUUUUCAAAAAAGGACAUUUACAAAAUUGCAACAAUUGAUUAAAUUGGAUUCUAAGGACUCCUUAUAUAUAAAGUAAAAUAUUUAUGAAUAUUGUUAUAGAUGUCUAUUUUAAUUAGAACACCUGGAUAGUAAGACUUUUUUCAGACUUUUCCAAAGUUUUCAAAUGGAUUUAUUUGCCUCCAAAACUUUAAAGAGUAAUUCAUCUCCCUUACUUCCCUUAAAACUAUCUAAUAUUUUUUUAUAUAUCGAGUUAUUUUUAACCCUUUGCCUCUUGAUUUUUUCUAAUAGUCCCCAUUAUAGAUUUAAGUCCUUUCUUUUAUAUUUAGGAGGCUCUUUUAAUUCUCUAAGUUGCAAAUAAUUAGAGGCUCCAUUAAUUUUUCUCUUUUUUCUGCUCCUCUAGGUUAGUAGCUCUAAUGUAACUGGUAAUCAAAGAGUCAGAAAAACUCAUAACUCCCAAAGAGCCAAACCUAUUUAUUGUCUACUCUUUAAUAUUUAUAAUCGAACAUUCUCAAAGAGCUCCAGAAAAUUUUAACAUAUAUAAACACAUUCUGA